AUGUGGUGGCUUUAUCAUAUGAUAAAAUAUGGACGAUUGACACGUCAAUGUAUUGUCACCACUGUUUGUCAAACUAAAAUUGCUACCACACAGUAUCAUUCAUUAAAUAAUCAUUCAAAGUUAUCACUGAUAUCAUCAGAAAAUCGUGGAAAUAAUACAAAAAGAUGGAUUUUCCUGGGUUGUUUUGGUGUAUUUACCCUAGCAGGUGGUUUAUCAGUGCUCAAGAAUACAGUUGAAAUUGGUUACACAGAUGGGCAAAGUAUGGAAAUGAAAAUUGAAAAGAGAAAUGAUUUGCCAACAUAUCGAAUGGAUGAAGUAAAGAAACAUGGGAAAGAUGCCCAAAGUAUUUGGGUUACUUUUCAAGGGGGUGUAUAUGAUAUAACAAAUUUUAUUCAAAGUCAUCCAGGUGGUGAUAAGAUAUUAUUAGCUGCAGGUGGUCGUAUUGAUCCAUACUGGAAUAUUUAUCAGCAACAUUUAACUCAGGAAACAUUGGAAAUAUUGGAAGAAUUAAGGAUUGGCAAUUUAGAUGAUAAUGAUAUUGUUAUCAUUGAUAAAAGGAAUGAAAAUGAUUCAUAUGAAAAUGAUCCAAUUCGACAUCCGGCAUUAAUUAUCAAAUCGGAAAAACCGUUCAAUGCUGAAACACCGGUCGAAUUAAUCAUGGAUAAUUUUUAUACACCCAAUGAUUUAUUUUAUGUUCGAAAUCAUAUGCCAGUACCACUUAUUGACGCAACAAAGCAUAAAUUAACAAUCGAUGGUAUUUCAAUUCAACAACCGUUCGUACUUUCAUUAGAUGACUUAAAACGUGAUUUCACGUGUGUAUCCGUCAAUGCCACGUUGCAAUGCGCCGGUAAUCGUCGUAGUGAAAUGGACGCAAUUAAAAAAGUUCAAGGAUUAAAUUGGAAGAGUACUGCAAUAGGUAAUGCAAAAUGGACUGGUGUACGAUUAAAGGAUGUGCUGAUAAAAGCAGGUAUAAAUCCAAAUGAUAAACGUAUCAAACAUGUGAUAUUUCGUGGUGCUGAUAAGGAUAAUGAAGGUAAUAAUUAUGAGACAUCAAUAACAUUUGAGAAAGCUAUGAAAGAUGAAGUUAUCAUUGCUUAUCAGAUGAAUGAUAAGGAUAUUCCACGUGAUCAUGGUUAUCCAAUACGUUUAAUUGCACCUGGAAUUGUGGGUGCUCGUCAAGUGAAAUUCCUUUCCACUAUAAUUCUCAGUGAGGAAGAAAGUAAGUCACAUUGGCAAAGGCGAGAUUAUCGAGGUCUUCCACCAUUUAUUGGUCCAAAUGAUAAACAAAAUUUCGAAUUGGUACCAUCAAUACAGGAUUAUCCGGUACAAAGCGCUUUUUGUUUUCCAUCUGCGCCAAUAAAAAUACCACGCUCCAAUGGUCAGUUUGAUGUGAUGGGUUACGCUUGGAGUGGUGGCGGACGUGGUAUUAUACGUGUGGAAGUGUCAAUAGACGGUGGUGAAACGUGGCAAGCUGCUCAAUUAGUGCAAGAUCCUGAUCAAGAUAUCGAUCAUAUGUGGUCGUGGACAUUUUUUAAAUCAACAAUAAAAAUUCCGGAUGACGUGAAACAAUUAGAUUUAGUAUGUAAAGCAACCGAUCGUUCCUAUAAUACGCAACCGGAUACAGCACGUGGAAUUUGGAAUAUUCGUGGUUUACUUAAUAAUGCAUGGCAUCAUGUUCCGGUUGAAAUUACUGAUGAUUAA